CCCGCCUGAAAUCUCUCUGGUGUCUUCUCGUCUUGGGCCAAUUGGCCUGCGCGCAAUUACCUCCGCCCAUAGGCGGGGGCUUAGCGGGCGGUGGCGGCGGAAUGGGCGGAAUACCCAGCGCCAGCGGCCAGAUGGGAAAAUCGACAACUAUCGGUGGUGGGGGAGGUCUACCAGUCGCAGGAAACACUAAAGCCUCAGCUAAAACUUCCACCAAAACUGCUGGUUCAGGUCUGAAGAAACUUACUCAGGGGAACCAACAGCAGCAAAACUUUGCAGCGAAGAACAGCGCGCACACCAACACGAUGCUCGGAAUGGCCUCUCCGCUGGGUGGCUUUUCCUUGCCCAUCCCCGCAUUUGGAAGUGGAGGAGCCGGUAUAACGACCAACUGCGGCACUGCACCAGUAAUUCGUCAUAGUAAGUUGAGCAGCAACAAGAAUUCCCCGGGUGAUUCAGUCGACUAUAAAUGCAGUCCGGGCUACAAGGGCAACGGGAAGUCCUUUACUAUCACGUGUGAAAGGAAGGGAAUGAACUUAAAAUGGAGCAGCAGUAACGGCUUCCAAUGUUUGCGUAAAAUGUGCAAAAACGUCAAACCCGUGGUUGAUGCGACAACAAGUUCCACUAGCUGCGGUACUGGGGAGAAAAUCCAAUACGUCUGCAAAAAAGGUUAUGAAGGCUACGGUGGCGUGGAUUAUGUGAAGUGCCUGUCUGAUGAGGCUUGGACUACCACAAAGUUUCAGUGCAAACAGAUCGUGUGUGGUGAAUCGCCAACAGUGCUCUAUGCCACGCCCAACCAUUCGGGCCGGACAUACAGUACCACUGUUAAAUACACUUGUAAGGCUGGAUUCAAAGCCACGGGGAAACUCGAAGUAACCUGCGACGAGAAAAAACAGUGGACUCCAGCAAUCACCGCGACAUGCAAAGCUAUCACGUGCCAGGCGCCGACCUCCAUCGCUAACACGGACAUGACCAAGAGUAACACAUACCCAAGUGUUGGGAGUACCGUCACGUACGGCUGUCAGUCUGGCUUUAAGAGUAACAACCAGAACAAUAUCAUCACCUGCGAUGCAAAUGGGAAGUGGGAUCCUUCACCGAAUUCAAUCACGUUCAAAUGUGCAAAGAACACGUGUCCCUCUCAACUGGUAAAAAAAGUCAACGCCAAAUACACUGUGACGCAGGCUUCUAUCGGCGGCACUGCCAUAUACAGUUGUCACGCAGGGUACAAAGCCACUGGCACACCACAGGUCACGUGCCAAUCAGAUGGCACAUGGCUGUAUAAAGCAUUCACAUGCACACUCAUGAAAUGCCCUGCGGUCCCCAACGUCGAAAAUGGUGACCCUAGUACGAAUGAGAACUCACAUGGCACUGUGGUGAAGUAUGAAUGCGAGGAUGGUCAUAGACUGAUUGCUAGUAACAGCAAUGUCAUGAAAAUCGAGUGCAAGGGAUCCACCUGGGAUAAGACACCAAGCUUCAAAUGCGAAAAGCUUGUCUGUCCGGAACCGACUUCAACAAUAGCAAACGCUGAUGCACACAAGGGCUCGGACUAUCCCAAGUGGAAGAGCACACUUGAAUACAAAUGCAAAGUCGGCUACAACACAAAUGGAUUCUCAGCUAAUAUGAUAUGCAAAUCCGAUGGAAAAUGGGAUCCAUCGCUGGCUAGUGUUUUAAGGGGCCUCAAAUGCACUGAACCAAGCUGCACUAAACCCAACGUGGUGACUGAUGCAUCCCAUAAUGGCGGAUCAACAAAAAGCUUCGUUCAUAGUUACACUGUUACGUACACCUGCAACAGCGGGUACACGGGAAGUGGUACAUCCAAGUGCGUGAUGGGCAAAUGGACCACGCCUACAGUCGCAUGCAAAGAGGUGAAGUGUCCCUCCUUGAAGACUCUCGUCAAGAAUUCCGAAACAUACCAGAGCAGCAAUUACCCCGAAUGGAAUAGUACAGUGACCUAUAAAUGCAAAACGGGUUUCAAGAGUAAUGGCGCUACCGAUCAGAUCAGGUGCAAUGGCAAGGGGCAAUGGCAUCCUUCUGAAAGCUCAAUAUCCAAAAGCUUAGUUUGCUCAGCGGUGACUUGCCCAGCCUACACAGCUGUUGCAAAUGCCGUACAAUCAGCGACAAAAACAAGCUAUGCGUAUAAAACGAGCGUCAAGUUCACCUGUAAGGAAGGCUACAAGAGCUCCGGGACUGACGACACAAUCGAAUGCCAAGAUGACGGAACGUGGACCACGCCAAACUACUUCUGUAUCCAAAUCACUUGCGACGUCCAAAAUAUAUUGCCAAUUGAGCAUGCCACGCACACAUUUACUGGAAAGAGUGGAACCCGAAAACAGACGAUAGGUGAAAAAUCCGUCUAUACUUGCAAGCAAGGGUACAGAGGCACUGUUACUGAUAGAUCCAUCCAAUGUAAGAGCGACGGAAAGUGGAGCGUGACGUCUCUGGAAUGCAUACCAAUCGAGUGCGAGGGGCUGCCCGAGGACAUAGCCAACGCCGCAGUUGUUCCCUCGAACAUCACGAGAAACAGCAUGUACCAGAUCGGCGCCGAGUUACACUACUACUGCAAAAACGGCUUGAUUGGAAAUGGCGAUGAGAACACUGUGAAAUGCCAGCAGAAAAAUGAGCAGGGGAAGUGGGUUUGGACACAUAAGAAGUUCCAGUGCGUCCAACCUGUGAGCUGCAAAGCACCAGCACCAGUCGCCAAUGGGUUGCACUCGCCUAAAGCUAACGUGUAUCGUCAUGGGAGCAAGGUAACCUACAAGUGCAACUCCUGCUUCUUCAAAUCAACCACCAGCACCAGUGAAACGGCAAGCUGCAACAAUGGCAAAUGGGAGGGGCCGAAAAUGUCUUGUACAGCUGCUAGCUGUGGGGCACCGGACGCAAUUACAAACGCCGUUAUGAUUGACACCGGCAAGAGCUUUGCAUGCAAUGCCAAAGUGAGGUACACUUGCAAGACCGGGCACAUCGCUAGUGGGGCGUCCACGAUCACCUGCAAGGUUUCAGGAAAAUGGUCAACCACGGCUUUUGCGUGCAGAGCCGUGACAUGCAGUGCUGGUUCCUUCCCAAAACUCAGCAACUCGAACUUGGCUGGUAAAAAGCCAACAGGCCCGUCGCUAGCCGGUACAUCAUUGACGUACUCUUGCGCCACGGGCUACAAGUCUGAUGGGAAUUCGAGUGAGGUGAAGUGCAUGAUUACUGGAAAAUGGGACGGACCAAAGAUGAAAUGCGAGAGAAUUUUAUGCCAGAAUUCACCCCUGCCAACGAUUAAAGAUGGUUAUGUCAGCACGAGCCCAGUUGGAACAACCAGCGUCCCAGGUUCCAAGGCACUAUAUACCUGCAAAUACGGUUUCCUCAGUAGCGGGGACAGCAUCGCAGUUUGCCAGAGCGACGGAAAAUGGAAGGCACCAAGUCUAAAGUGUAAAAAACCAGAAUGCACUUACGCAAUCGAGGAUGGUAUCUGUAAGAAGUAUAACCUUGGCAGGACAAUCACGACAGACUACCGCCAAUGCAAGAAGAUGUGUAACGCCAACCCAAGCUGUAUGAGUUUUUCACAUGACGGUAAAGCCUGUCAACUGAAAAACGGCGUGUGUCGCUCAGGAGAACUGGUAUCCCGGGGACGUAAAUAUUCAUUCCAGUACAAAAAGCAAUUGACAUUCACAUUAGAAUAUGGUGACUGUCAUGGGAGUGAUAUCCGUCCUACGUACACCAGAUGGUCUCUCGAGGACUGCAAGCGCCAUUGUAUGAACAAUCCGGCCUGUAAAUCAAUCCAAUACCGAUUGAGAUACUGUUGGAUCAAGACCAAGGACUGUGCCGGUGGGGUUGGACUACGCUCUAAGGGAAACAAAUAUUACCGACAGUACGUUAAGCGUGGCUGUGCUGGUACCCCAGGGCAAGAGUGUGGGUAUGCCGCGGAGCACGGAGAUUGCUAUCUACAUACCAUCAGGUUCUUGUACGCGAAAUACGCAAAGUGCGCAGAAGAAUGCAGCAAGCGUAGUGAUUGCCUCUCUUUUCAGCAGCGGUAUUCCUACUGCUGGUUGAAGAAAAAGGCAUGUAGCUAUGCAGAAUUCCGUGCUAGAGGAAGCAAAUACUACUGGCAAUACACAAAAAUAACUCCCUCCUACCACGAUCACUCUGAUUGUACGAAUGUUGCAUAUAAAAAAAUAGGCAGACGUUCUGUUACGGACUGCGGGAGAGCAUGCGCUAGUUACACCGGAAGUCCGAAGUGUUUAUCAUAUCAGCACCACAAGGGUUUGUGCACCCUGAAAACCUCUGACUGCAAGACACAAGGCACAGUGAAAUACGUCGGCGAAAAGAGUUACAACUUUCAUGUGCCACUACCAGUAUGUAAAGCAAUUAACUGCAACCCCAACACCAUCCCACCUAUCAAAAACGCUGCCUUCACCAGGCCCAGCGGAACAAUCAAGCCUGGCUUUAAAGUAACCUACGCUUGCAAAUUCGGAUAUCGGCUGGAAGGAACUUCGUUACAGGCUGUUUGUUUAGACUCAGGGCUCUGGAAGAAGGCGGAUAUGACGUGCAAAGCAACUGGGUGCUUAUACCGGGCUGUUUCUGGCCGAUGCAAUACUCGAGUUUACAAAACCAUAUCAACCAAGACACUGCGACUGUGCACAGACGCCUGUAACAAGGACACCAACUGUCUGAGCGUGAUCCACAAAACAUCAACGACAACUUCAAACUGCCAGUUGAAUAAUCAAGUGUGCCCAUCAAAUCAAAUCCAAGCUGUUAAGGGCUCUUGGACGUACACGAAGCAAAUUACGUGGAAUUAUGAACCUGCCGACUGUUACGGAUCCGACAUAAAAAAGGCCACAGUUUCUCUGCUGGAUUGUAAAAAGCUCUGCAUGAAUACUAAGGAAUGUAAAUCCAUUCAGUGGAAAAGCGGCAAUGGAUGCUCGAUCAAGCGCAACAACUGCGCAUUCAGUGGAAUGAAAAACCGUAAUAACAAAAACUACAACCAGUAUUCGAAACAGACGUGCGUUGGAGCUCUACCUGGAAGAGGAUGCAAUUAUAAAUUAGACCAUGGAGACUGCUAUGGCAGGGAUCUCAAAUUCCUCUACGGCUACUACGUGGAUUGUGAAAAGGCCUGCAACGAGCGAUCAGAAUGCCUCUCCUUCCAGCAACGCGGCAGAUACUGCUGGCUAAAGACGUAUGCUUGUCGGCCAUCUGAACUCAAAUACAACGGACAUAAAUCCUAUUUUCAGUAUACCAAGCAACCCAUGUUCGAUGUUGACCAUGCCGAAUGCACAGCGAAGACACUCCACACCAUCAGUGUGUCCAAGGGGGACUUGGAAAAUUGCAAGCGAGCCUGUGUAAAUAACAUCAAAUGUACAACAAUCCAAUACAACGCGGCAACAAGCACAAAGUGUGAGCUCAAGGGAGCCGAGUGUUCAGAUAAGAAUAACUUGAAAAAUGUCGGGAACAACGCGUAUCACCGUUACACCAAGCUCGCCACGUGCGUUGGAAAACGAGGACCAGUGAACGUUGCCUUGAGACGCCCCGCAUUCCAGAAGACCACUGGCUGGGGCGGGUCUGCCUCCCGUGGAGUCGAUGGCCGGCUGUCCGCCAGUUACUGGAGUGGCAGUUGUACGCAUACGGCACAGUCCACCUCCUACCGCAACAGGAUAUGGCCGUGGUGGGCCGUCGACCUGGGUACAGAGAUGUCAGUGAAGCGAGUGAUAAUCACCAACCGAUACGAUUGUUGCUGGACACGUCUGCGGAAUUAUCGUAUCGCAGUGGAGAAGACAAGGCCCAAUUUCCUGUAUAGACCAUCGAUUGGAUCCAGUUGCAAGGACGUUGGCUCACAUGUUAGAGGCGCAACAACCGCGCAUGUCUGUCACAACCCCAUGGAUGGUCGUUAUGUUACCGUGACGUUGAAGUACAACAAUGCAUUGUUGACGCUUUGUGAGGUACAAGUGUUCACUGAGUAAACUGUCGCGAGUGUUGCCUCGGACUAUCAAUUACGUUAGACCCUGAUCACGACCGAAACCGAAAAUGGACUAUGAUGCACAAAAUGUCAAAAUAUGGUACUGGGACAAACCCUAGCAUAAGAUCAGGUGUAACUCGAAUUGGGAACCAUUCUGUUGCACGAUCUUAAUUUUAAGUUAAUUUGUGAGAAUCCCAAAAGCAAUCCGUGAACACUACAUGUUAGUAGGACUAUAAUAACACCGUGACUUCCUUUGCUUUUACAUCAUACCCUUUCUUCAUGAUUUGCGUCAUAUACAUGUAUAUGCAAUUUUGUUUUGAUUGUGGCAGUUUUAAGAGUGUCCAAACCGAUUGUUUUCUGUCGAAGACUAGCGGUGUAAGAAUACAAUUUUCUUGACUGACAAUAUUGUCUUAGGGGAAUAUGGACGCUGUAGCCAGAGGUUUAAAUUGAAGGUCUCCAUGUAACGUAAAGGGGUCUCUUUAACGUAUUUUAAAAAUAAAAUGGGUUUCCAUGUACUUUUUUUAACGUAAAGGGGUAUCCAUGUAACGUAAAGGGAUAUCCAUGUGAUGUAAAGAGGUCUCCAUGUAUUACAUGAAUUACAUGGAGAUCCUGUUAUGUACAUUAAAUGUAAAGGGGGUCUCCAUGUAAUGUAAAGGGGUCUCCAUGUAAUGUAAACGGUCUCCAUGUAAUGUAAAGGGGUCUCCAUGUAAUGUAAAGGGGUCUCCAUGUAAUGUAAAGGGGUCUCCAUGUAAUGUAAAGGGGUCUCCAUGUAAUGUAAAGGGGUCUCCAUGUAAUGUAAAGGGGUCUCCAUGUAAUGUAAAGGGGUCUCCAUGUAAUGUAAAGGGGUCUCCAUGUAAUGUAAAGGGGUCUCCAUGUUAUUUCAAGGAGGUCUCCAUGUAAACGUAAAGGGUCUCCAUGUAAACAUAAAGGCUCUGUAUGUAACGCGAGGGUCUCCAUGUCAUGUAAAGGGGUAUCCAUGUAACGGGGCCUAAUCUGUCGUGGAGUGAUAAAAGAAUUCCUUGUAACGAGCGUGAAUGGUGCUGAUGAGCUGCUGGAUAGUAUCGAACCUUUUGAUCACUUGAGAAACAUUUAUGGUGUCCCUUUAAUGACCAGGGCAUGUACCUGUAGCAUAUUGUGAAAAUGUGUGCUUAUAUAUUCUUAUACUUAGGUGUUAUUUUUAGGAUAUUCAUAUAGUGGUUACAUCUAUGUGGUCUGCUUGGAAUCCUCCAAAAUAUUACCUUAAUUAAUCAGGCAGAAUCCGGAUACAUUCUCACUCGAGAAGCAGAAGGGCCUGUUUCAGAAAAGCAUAGCUUUAUGUUGCAUGUGAUCAUGAUUGAGUGGUACCAAUGGCGAAUUCAUGAGAUAAUUCCGGUUCUCCCAAACCAUUUAUUUUGAUCGGUGAGUAGAUCCACAUUUAACAGUGCGAAAAAUGGAAAUAACCUGUGAGUGUUUUCCCUACAAUAGACCCUGCACUCAUAAAAUAUGUUUUCUGAGCUUUUGAAAAACCGUUAAGGGUUUAUCGGACAACACAAAUAUGCAUCCCUUUUGAGUCUGUUAAAAACCUGAAGGGGCUGCUGUUCGGUUAUGCUCGACUUAUUCCGUAAAGAGAGAGACAAAGGAAACCUGAUUGCCAGUGAAAUAUUGCAAAUUGACAGAUGUUACACCAGCCCGGAUUUUCCUGUUGGUUUGUUUGCAAUUCAUUUAGCUCCGAUGAUAAUGAAACUAAGGACAGAUGUGUGGAAGACAGCUGGUUGUGCUUGUUUGCAAAUAAAGUUUUAAUGCAAAGUUA